AUGGUUGUUAUGUACAAUAUCGCAGGCCGCCAGGUCGGGUCACAUUGGCUGGCCAUGGCCACCCUAGGCGUCACAUUCGGUGCCCCCUGGUUAUUGACGAGAGGCGGAUCCUCCAAGCAAUCACCCACACCACCUAUCAACGCCUCAAGCAAGGACGAGGAGAAGUUUAUCCAAGAAUUCCUGCAAUCGGUUGAGCAAGAAGAAAAGGCCAACAAGAUCUCCGGCAAGGAGGCUCACUAA